AUGUCUAGAAAUUAUUCAAGUAAUGAGAUAACUCGCAUAUUUAAUAUGAAACCAAAUCCUAUGAACAGUCAAAACGAAGGUAGCAACGAUAAUUUGCAAGAAGAAAGAACAAUUAAAGAAAUUUAAAACAUAUCACCCCUCAAUCAUCCCUAUUUCCCUAGGAUAAACAACAAGUAUUCAAACACCUUAACUCAAAAAAAUCCAUUGUAGAAUUUUAUUCAGCAAUAAAACUUUGAUGAUCAACUGAUAAAAAUGAAGCAAGCAGAUGAAAAUUUAGAAGGAUUAACAUUAGAAGAUAUCGUAUAAAAGCAAGAAAAAUAGUAAAACAUACUUCUUGAAGAGUCUAAAGAUUAAAAUAUAGAACAUAAUUAGCAGCAUAUUGACUCAAAGUAAUGUGAAGAGUAAGAUGAGGAGGAGGAGGAGGAAGAAGAAGAAGAAGAGAAUGAUUAUGAAUUUUAAUAUAACUAAAAUUUAAAUUCUUAAAGAAAUAAUAUGACAGAUGAACUAGGCAACUUUGUCUUCCACUAGUAAGCUCAAUAAGACUUGUUUAUUGAUAAAUUGAAUAAGCUAACAACUGUAUUUGAAUAAAUUUCGUCAGAUAUGAAAAUUUAACAAUAUAUAGAACCAGAGGAGCUAUUAAAAAUUAGAAACAUCCUGAAUUUUCUCUAACAAAUUAAAUCUAAGAUAGAAGACGAUGAAAAUAAUAGCAGCCUAAAGUAGGCAUAUAUUUAAGAGUUAUAAAGCUUUAUAAGUGGAUUUGGCGAUCAUAAAAAUUAUAAUGAUUACUACUAGGAUUUGUAUCUAUAAGCAGUUUAAAGAGAGAAGUAGGCUAUUAGUGAAUAAUAAAAUUAAUAAUAAGAAAAUCUUCACCAAUCAGACCAAUCCAGCAAUUAAGAACAGCAAGCAAAUGAACAAGCUGAUUUAUAGUCAAAUAGAGAAUCGUUUUCAUUUAGAGAUUACAUUAAAAACUGUAUUUUAAAGACUUAUUAAAGUAUUUAAGGAUUUAUGAAAAAUCCUCUAAAUAUCCUAAGAUGUCUUCUUUUAGCUCUAACUCUUCUUUUCUUUUCUUCUUAUUUUUCUAUACCUGAUAUGACUAAAUAACCACCCUCUGAAAUCUUCAAUUGGCUAGCUUAUAAUAGAGAAAGCAGGAUGUUAGUAGUCACAGGUGGCCUUUCUUUUUGCAGCUUUAUCCUGUUUGGUGUAAGGUAGCUAUACAUAACAGUGAUAGGGGCUAUGAGGAGUGAUCAAGAAAAGGCGGUUCUAAAUUUAUAUUUAGAAUAGAAUCCUAUUUUGCAUAUUUCUAUUAUAUAUAUGACUGAUCCUAAUAUAAUACCUCAGAAAUUCGAUUUGGCUGUUUGGUUAUGCUUUUAUUUUACUUUUAGCACUUUUAAAAUAUUCCACAGCAUUUGCAGUUAAUAACUAAAAAUGAUACUUUAAAAUAUAAAUGAUGACUAUUAAGAAGAAUUAAGGUGUAUUAAGAAAAUUUAGAGAUUUUCAGCAAUACUAUUUUUAGCUAAUUUAUGGAUUUGUGCUAUAGGUCUUUGGACAUUUUCAAUGAGUGGUUACUACAAAUUAUCUCUAUUGUUUUACGAAGGUAUUCUUUUUGGUUUUGACUCUUUUAAAAUUGUUAUAUGUACAACCAAACUGUGUGACCACAUGAAUUUCUAUGUGAAUUACAACACUGAAGAAAUCCAUGACCCUUUCUUCAAAAGAGAGACCCUUUUUGAUUCAUUCUAGCAUAUUGUUUAGCUUUUCCAUUUCAUUUAACUCAUUUAUAAUUAUUUCUUCAAGCUUGAUUACUAGUUUAUAAUGCACUUAUGGCUGUUAUACCUCUUCAAAAAAAUUAAUAUUUCUUUAAGAUAACUUAAAAAUAACUUCUAAGCCUAUCGCAGAUAUCGUAACAUCCAACUAAACUUAGAUAUAAUGUUUCCUAAAGUCGACAUUAGUUAACUCCAAAGCGAUGAUGUCUGUUCAAUUUGUCAUGAUGAACUGAUAGUAGCUCGUAGAAUUGAAACUUGUGGACACAAAUUUCACAUCAAAUGCUUGUUUAAAUGGUUGAAAUCUCAGUAAAACUCACGCUGUCCUAUCUGUAGAAGUGAGAUUCCUAAUCUUAAUUUUGAUAACAUAGCAAAUAAACCUGGUAUUUUUACUUCUGCAAUCGAUUUUUUAGCAAGGUUUUUAAUGCCAACAAUUAACUUUAUAUUUGAGCCAAGAGCACCUCAAUAAAAUGAAAAUCAGGGAGGAAAUAACUAAAAUGAUGAAAAUGAAAAUAACAAUAAUCAAGAAGUUCAAGCAGAUGAUCAAUAAAUUGAUUAAUAACAAAAUUUACAGAAUGCAAAUGGUCAAGAAAAUUAAUUAGAAAGCUAGAUCAAUAAUAAUUUAACUCUUCAAGAUAUUUUAAACUAAAAUCUUUUCGAAGGAGAUGAAAGAGAUGUACUGAUGUACUAACACUUAUCUUAGCUAAUUGCAUAGCAAAACUAAGAUAAAAAAGUUGAGAGCGAAUCUAAGGAAGACGAGCUUUAGCAGCUUCAAGCAUAAAGAUAAAGUUUAAGAGAAAAUAUAUUCUAGAUUUUCAAGCAAAGGAUGCUAGAGAAUUAAAACUAAAAGGAUAAUUCAGUCAAUAAUGAUUAGAAUAAAUAAGCUGAAGAUGAUGAAGAGUAUGAAGAUGAAGAAGAAUAAGAAGGAUAUGAAAAUUUCGAAUUUAAUGAAUAAGGUUUACAUACUAACUUAAACGAGUAUGAUAAAGAAAUGUAUAAUAUGAGUUAAACGAAAGAGUAGCUUUUGAAUUUGUAAAAUGAAUUUUUAAGCUUGUAAGAUAUUAUUAUGCAGAAAGAUUCUAAUAUUGACACAGAAUUAGUAUUAAAAUAAUUCUAGUAAAGGUUGGAAAGGGAACAAAGCAAGUUAAUAAACUUCUUAAUGAAUAAAAUCAUUUACAAUGAAGAACAAGGUACUCUUUAAGAUGAAAAUUAAAUAAUUAAUUAAGAAAAGAGUGUAGAUUAAAGUGAAACAAAACUUUAAAAUAACGAUUAAAACAUGAACGAAGUUAUCAAAAAUAAUGAAGAUAAUUAGAUUAGUAAGGAUUAUCUCUUAGACAAUUUAAAAAAUGAAGAAAGUCAACAUUCUGAAGAUGCUGAGGACUAGUAAAAAUAAGGGAAGGAUGAAGAAGAAGAAAAGUUUUCUGAUAAUAAUAUAAAUUCAAAAGGUUAAAUCCAACUUUGCUCAAAUGAUUAAGCCUUAUUAUUUGACCAUGAAUUCUUUUAGCAUACUUAAUUAAAUAAAGAAGUAGUGAAAUUAGAUACUGAAAAUAAUAGUAGCUAAAAAGAUACUAUUCUGAAAGAAAAAUUCAAUAAUGAUUUAGUUAAUGAUGAAAUUCAAAAAAUAGAAUAGAGUGAUGAGAUAUAGAAUUUUGCUAACGAAUAAGAAGAAGUGAAAUAAUCUGUUGGUGAAAACUAAAUGGUGCAAGAUAUAAAAGACCUUUAAGAUAAUCUUUUAAACAAUGAAAAGACUGACUUAAAUAAUAUUGAAUAAAUUGAAUAUUCUUAUUAAACACAAUUUGGAAUUGAUUUAUCUUCUUAGAAUAAAUAAUAAAAUCUAAAUGAUUAAGAUUUAUAAUUAAACUAGCCUUUGAUUGAUGAAGGUUUAAAAGAAUAAAAUACAGAAACAUAUAAUAUAUAAAAUGAUAUAAACUUUUUAAAUGAUGAAAAAAUUGAAAUAUAUGAAGACAAUAUUGAAAAACUUGUUUAGUAAUAAAAUUUUAAUGAAGACAUUUUAGAAUAAUAAACGCAUAUUGAUUCGAUUUAACAAAAUCAAGACAAAGCUUAACACUCUGAAUAGUCUGAGUAGGAAUAAAUCUGA